UUCUCUCACUCUCUUUCUGCCUCCCAUCCUUUCUCUCACUCUCUUUCUGCCUUCCAUCCUUUCUCUCAGUUCAUUCCUUGCUCUAUCUCUCUCCUAGGCCCUGCUGCAGAGCGCUAGUUACAGGGGGAAGUGGAGCGUGAGGGUGCAUGGGUGAUGAUUAGGCUUGGUUAAGAUUAUUUCCCCAGUUCCCUCACUGCAUUUAUGAAAUAACUCGAAAUUAGCCUGCAUUUUUAAUUGGAAAACAUUCAUCAACCCAUCGACCCCCUCCACACACACACACACACACACACACACACACACACACACACACACACACACACACACACACACACAGGGCCCUUAACCAUGCUGAGAGAUGAUCAGAGAAGUCAAUAGUGCAGCCUUCUCCGGUUCAUCAGAUGACAUGAAACCCCAGGCUUUAAUUAACGGAAAUUAAACUGGUCUCUACUGUAGGACACGACCGGUCAGAAGGUUAGGCCAUGGUGUGCUUGUGUGUGUGUGUUUUUGUUUGUUUGUCUGUCUGUGUGUGUGUGUGUGUGUGUGUGUGUGUGUGUGUGUGUGUGUGUGUGUGUGUGUGUGUGCACGCGCAUCACACUCAGCCCACUCCACUUUUUCUGUAGUCAUCAGUAAUACAAAACAGCCUGUUCCCUUCAUCCACAGCGAUCCUGUUUUGAAGGUCGACCAUUGCAAUAUCGCUUUAGGUUUUGACCCCAAACGGGGGUUCAUCGCUGAACCAGGCCCAAUGUGUUGUUUACACCUCCAGACUGACCGUCGGUUUAUGGAGUGUGUUAAACCUCAGCUCAGAAUUCUUCCUCUGUGUGUUUAUGGACAGGACAUGCAUAUCAUAAAAGGCUAGUCAUAAGUAGUUAUAACUACAAGAAUGGAGAGGGACACUCGUCCUCUUCUCCUCUCCUCCUACCCACACACUCACUCGCUUACACACACACACACACACACACACACACACACACACACACACACACGCUGGCUCCAGAGAACCCCUUUCUGUGACAGUGGCCCCUGGCUCCUGCACACGCAUCAGUGCAGGCUGGGGUCACCCUGUCACCCUCUAACACAGGGUUAGUUGAGAGGUCCUGUUGGGCCUCCUGUCCUCUCUACUCCCCCGUGUGUCUCCCCUCUCUGUCCUCUGUGUGCCCCCUGAACCGCUCUCUACUUCCCCCUGACCUUUCUCUCCCAUCAACCCCAGAGCUACCCACAUAGAGGGUAAUCCAGUUAUAUGAAACUACUAAUGCAUCUGCAGCACUCCUACUGUACAGAGAGCCAGAGACGGGGAGCGUUUGAAGGGGUCUCAAUGCUAAUGGAAAUAGACUAGGGACUGGAUGUGUGCUUGUGUCUUCGUGUUCUCCUGUUCCCAGAGUAUUCUGGGUUUUACGGUUUAUCUGUGUUGUAUCUGGCUGCUACUAGAGAGCCUGUUUAUAUUACGGAUUCCAGACAGCGGUGAGAGAUGACCUGCCACUCUGUACCCGCUUUCCUUCCCAAACUGUCCCCUCUCCUCCGUGUCUCUCUCUCUCUCCCCCCUCACUCCUACAGCUCUGUUAUCAACUACUCGCAACUAGUUAUCUCUCACUCGGCUCAAGUUACUCUGGGAUUGACUUGUUUUCCCUAACCCCUUACAAUUGCAUUAAGUACUGCAUGAAAUGAUUAGCAUUUGGAAUGGAGUUGCUUUUGGGACUUGUGAGAAGAUCUAGACAACUUUCAAUAGCAUUUGUUCCAUACGUUUGACAACCCUGGCCUACAUUUAGAUGGUAGUACAGAGACAAUGGAGGUGGUAGUAGUAGGGGAGAGAAACGGAUUCUCUGCUGGUACUGAACACUGGACAGUAGAGAAGUGAUAGAUAGAGGGAAUAGAUGGGUAGUUCUGGUCCUAGUGGUUGUGUGUGCUCCUCUACUACAGCCCUGAUGCCAGAUGGAAGCUCUCCCGCCGCUCGGCUUUGCUCUGCGCUGGCCGGGUCAUUUCCUGUCAGGAGGCCUGGUGUUAAUCAAGCCCUGAGCCAGGGGGAACGCCCUCCAGACCCCCUUUUACUCCCCUAGUACUGCUACCCCUCUCCUCCACAGCCUUUACUGCUCCCCUCGCUUCCCUCUAUUGCUACCCCUCUCCUCCUCUCCAAUUCCUCACUGGACCAGCAGGCACAAUAGGCUCAUCUAAGCGCUCGUCCCCACAGACCUUAGGACAGGGAUAUACAGUAUAUCAAUAUCAGUAAACUUGUGACUCAUUCAAACACACUAUUCCACAGUAAUAGCUCCUCUGAUACACUGUUCCUUAGAAAUGACAGACAGGGGUCAAUCUGUUUCAGCAUCGUUGGUGUAGCUGCUUCCAGCUGUGCCCUCAGCAGCGCCUCCCUCAGGUGGAGGAGAGAGAGAGCAGCUGUCAGUUGGUUCUCCCAGCAGCAGCAGUCAGUACCUAGAGAGAGAUGAGUGUUCUUCCUGUGCUGUUGCUGUUCCACUACCACAGAGGAAGGGGAUCCAGGGACUCUGAUAAGCUCUGUUGGUGUGGUAAUCCUGAGGAGCUGACUAUGGAGAGGGCCCAUACAGCAGUGGAGGGGGUGUUUGAGACCCUCAAAGAGUUGAGCCAUGCCCGAGACCACCUCAAACAGUUCACCUCCGUCUACACAGCAAGCGAUGGAGUACAUCAGGUGAAGUGCCGUCCAUUCCUCAGACAGGUUCUGGAGGAGAUCUUCCACCCAGACAGACCUGAGUGUCCCGACAUAGAACACAUGUCUGGAGGCCUCACCGACCUGCUCAAGACUGGCUUCAGUGAGCCGGUCACACCACAGCGACCACGGCCUGCUCUUUCUCUUCCUGGUGGGAGGAGUCACUCCCUCUGAGCUGCGCCUGAUCCGCGAGGUAGUCUCCGCCCACAAGCCGGGCACACAGGUGCUGGUCCUCUCUACCAGACUGUUGAGACCUACAGACGUCCCCGAGCUGCUCUUCACCACCCAAAGACUGGUGCCAGACAUUGGUGUGUGAGCACGGAACAAGGACCACACACACACAGACACAGACGCACACACAGACACAGACGCACACACACAGACACACACAG